AUGGUGGCGAACGGCAGCGGUGAUACAUACCAUGGGCUUCGCGUUUAUCCCUUGCGUGAUGUGCUCUCACGUGUGCCUCUGCCUUCUCAUUGCCCGCUGUCGGGUGUGUCACAUAAGUGGCGCUGUGUGAUUGUUCCAAAAAUACUGGAGCCUACCUCGCAGGACGCGGCUGAACAUGAGGUGAUGCGAUUCCUUGACAACAGUAUACCCUGCCGCCUUGGUCGCUGGCGCAGUGCCCCCGUGUACGACAUUGUUGGCAAGGAUGGCAUGAAGUUUGUAACAGAUCCGCGCUGGAACAGGUUUCCCAAGCCAAAGAUAGCGUUCAAGACGGGCUGGGCCGGUCCAGGCACUCAUAUGGAGUCGCCCGCGUACCACCAGCUCGUUUCCUCCUUUGCUGAUGUAUUCGACCACAAGGAGGAGGGAUCGCCGUGCCGCAGUUGUGAUUCUGAACUUGAGGUGGAUGGAAAUGAAGUGGAGGAAGCUUUGGACGAUGUGGCGCCAGCAAACACGUUAAACUUGCAACUGUUUCAUCGUCAAGACGCUUCCAUUUGCCCACCAAUUCCCGUGCUAGGGGAAAAAUUGAUUUGGCCCUCGUUUUUGGAGGAUGGCGCCAUAUGCGAUAAUGCAACACGUCUGGCGCAGCGUGGGGCGGUGACGUGGUGGCACCUCGACGACUCUGGGGAAUUUGUUGAACAAACUGCACUACCUCUGCUUCCCUCAGAGCAAACUGUGACUUCUCCACCCUUAUCAGGUUUGCCCCAUACUCAACGAGCGUACUUUAAAGGCAUUGAGAGGGAACUGCUCUGUGCAGAGGAGACACCAGGGUGCGUUCCAGUGAAACUUUUUCUCUACGGACCUAAGGAAAGCUACGAUUGGUUCAUGCACGACGAUGAGUCAGCGACUUCUGGGAAGGUGGCGGCGUUGGACAUAUUUUCUACGCCUGAUGAGGCACUUCCAAAGGAUGCGACGCUUUUGCCUAUUAUUCACGUGGCUGUGCUGGAAAGUGGCGGUCGUCCGCUCAUCUCUCCUCCGAACAUCCCGCACCUUGUGAUAAGCCUCAAUGACUGUAUUAUGGUUGAGCAGCGCCGCGUGGCGUACCUGUUUCUGGAUGAAAUUUCCUACUUUUUACAGAAGUGCGCCUUCUGGAGCGGAAACCCAAUUAUAUACGACCACAUUGAGAACGAUCUACAAGAUGAGGCGUACGUUGCAGGCCAACUUAUCCCCAGUAUGAUAAGCCUCUUUCAAGAGUAUGAUGCGUUUCAUCCGUACGACGAAAUAGUUCGACGCCGCGUCGUUAUAUCACUCCACACCAUUGCCACUCACGAGAAGCAUUACAAGCUUUCACCGGACUCCAGAGACUCACUCGCGUCAUUGCUGCAUGGUGGCAACGCCGAGAUGAGUGCUAUUUUGCAGCAAGAGACCCCGUAUGGAUUGCGUGUUGUUUCUCUUGAGGACCGCCUGAAAAGCUUCUGGGAUGUGCGGCAGUAUUGGCCGAAGCCAGGGUGUGUGUUAAAGGCCCCGCUGGUAACACCACCGCAUUUGCUCUCAAAGCAUCUUGUGGCGAAGGGCCACGAGGUUGAUUGGUUUGUUCCCGUUGUCUACACUGCUUCCUCGCCCGUGUUUGGAUCGGAGAAGAAUGCGGUGGAGGAGGUCGCAACUGAGUACUUCUCCAUGGCAAACCUUGCAGGAAGGCGCAGAGAUUUGCUCGCUUUUCUCCGGACACAUGGAAAGGAGAAGGAUGAGUUGCUGGACGAGUUGUUUUGA